UUUCCCUUUACCGCUUCCGUCACUUGUCACCAUCUGCGCUCGUCGUCCACAUACGACGUCCCAACAUAGGAGCACUUGGCGUCGUCGUGGCAGGACCUUUCCACGUCCCAGCCGCACUUCGCCUCUUCCUCCAGGUCGAUGCUUCGGGUGAUCUAGCACUCGAUUAAGCCUUGACUAUUGAAGGAAGGCGGGGAGGCAGAAUGAGAGCAGAUGAUCAAUAGGGAGGUGUGUGCCGCUGUGGGGCGAUACUUGGUCCUUGUUCGGCUUGGUGUUGUCGAUUACAAGGAAGGACAGAGGACUGAGCGCACUUGUGCAAAAUUAUCGAUCACGUUCAUGCGGCAAACCGGUUUCGUACUGGCAAUGCAUACCAGUUGCUUCAUUCGUCGCGACACUGCUGACCAGCCCAUCGCCGAAACCCAGCACGUUGGCGCCAGCUUACUGUAAUGAAUACUUGCAAACCUGUGCGCAUAUGGAGCCCUAGAGCAAGACCAUCGUUGAGCGACCCAAACGACACAGCGAUAUUGGGUUCACAUUCCCCCUCGAGUUGGGUUGGCCGAUGAGGCGAUCAGGCCUCGCGCGCUGGCGACAACAAGUUUGAGCUCGAAAAUCGCAAAGAAAAAAUAACGAAAUGACAAGGGCAGUUCGUUGCAAGCACUUUAGUUGGCUUGGGAAUGCCUGUUGAAGCUGUGAGCAAGCCAAAUCAUCCCUCAUAUUGUAUGCAUGUCAAAUACAUAUAUACAGCUUACGUGCAUUUGUAUUUGGGACAGAGUCACGCCUAGCACAAUGUCAGAUAUUUC